AUGGUGGUAGCUAUUUAAACCAAGAGUUUGUAAAUGGUUUUUCCGACACCAGAUGGCCCCGCAAACAUAAAAAUAAAAAGAAAAAGAAAAACAGAAAUUGGGCAGAUCGGUUGGGUCGGCAGUGUCUUUUCUUUCUUAUGGCUUCUCGGUGUGACCGUGUGACCGUAAACUACUAUUAUCAUGACGCUAGACUAGCUAUGUAAACAAGCUUUGUUGUUUCUGUUGUGCGCACUGAGACAUGACUUGUAUGCUCCGACAAACGCCGGGAGGUCCUGAAAUGUUGCCGUUAUAACGAUGGUAGCGUGGCGGUACGACUUCUGUGGCUUACUUUGCCUCUGCUCUACGUACGGGUCCAUCAUCUAUGCCGACUACGCCGUGGUCGAGUGGAUGGUUAUCCCCACCAUGUCCAGCAGCCUCUGGGGGGCAUUCAAUGUCGUCUGCUUCAAUGUCAUUGUGUUCCUGACACUGAUGGCACAUACAAGGGCAGUAUUUUCCGACCCUGGAACAGUACCUUUACCUGAGACCAACUUAGAUUUUUCUGAUGCACUCCGGUCGAGCAAGUCAACAGAAGACAAGGGCGAUUGGACCAUCUGCUCGAGAUGUGAAACAUACAGACCGCCCCGAGCACAUCACUGCAGAAUAUGUCAACGGUGCGUUCGUAGGAUGGAUCACCACUGUCCUUGGAUCAACAACUGUGUCGGAGAGCAGAACCAGAAGUACUUCAUUCAAUUUCUCAUGUAUGUUGGCAUUGGGUGCAUGUAUAUAGUAGGGCUGGUUGCAGUCUCAUGGAAUCUGGAAUGUGUUUCCUGUGUCCACAGCGCAGCCUACAAACAAAACCGAGUGAUUCAUUCCGUAUGCCUGCUGGUUGAAAGCGUACUCUUUGGAAUAUUUGUUGUUGCAAUCAUGUGUGACCAGUUUCAGGCUAUACUCUCAGAUGAGACAGCUGUUGAACAGGUACAGAAGAAAGGACCAUUUCGGGCAAGAAAACCGAAGAUGGCUCUUCUAAGUGAAGUUUGUGGCCGAGGAUCUCCAUUUCUUUGGCCCUUCCCCUGCGACUCGGCUCCGAAGAGCACGGAUGCUACAUCAUACGACGUCUGAUCCCCUUGGCCGACAGUUGCAGGAUGUGAUCCUUGUGAAUUAUGGGGACUCUGAAUGUCACUCUCUUUGUGCUACCUUUUGUGCCCAUGGUGUAUCCUGGUUUCGUGGUUCCCUUGUGUUACUCUAUUGCCAAUUGUUUUUAAAGUUAAACAUUGUAACAAUGUCUAAUACAUUAUAUAUAUGUGUUUUGAAGAUAUGGACUGCAUGAUGUACUGCACUUCCCUGGAUGUACAUAUUCAUGCAGUUUGUUUGGACACACUCAUGAUAUGUUUUUGUUAGUACUGUACAAAGCAAAUCAGUGUUUAUUGUUGGGAUAAAUGUGCAGAUGUAUAACUUUAACCAAACAGGGAGUUGUAAUGAGAAGCCAUAAAUGGUUGCAGGGAAGUGAUUCAUACAUCAAAAUUUUCUAGAUGUCAAUUUAAUAGUGUUAAUGACUGUGGGCAGUGAUAAAUAUUUUAUCUGUCUUGCAUAUUUUAUGUGCUUGUUUAAACACUUUGUUCAGUGGUUUGUUAUGUGUUGUCAUUAAUUUAUUAAACCUGCUACAAAUGAUUUUUGAUGUAUGGAAUAUGCAUGAGAUACCCUAAUACUACAUAUAUUCAGAGUGGGUGUAUAUAUUGGUAAUCCACAUCAGGUGGUUAUUGAAGGUAUGGAAUACUGAAUGAGCUUCCUUGGAUUGUACUUUUGCAAAAGACCACAAUUUUUAAGAGUCGAAGCACUUUGCCCUUUGACUGCCAAAGAUAAGCCCUUCUUACUCACUACUGGUAGGCAUAGUACUUUGAGUUAUAGGAAAGCUUCUAACACAAAGCCAGAACUCCAGGUACUCAAUUUGUUAUGCUCCUUGAAUAUGCAAGCAAAAGGGCCUGCCAGAGCCACAAGCAUGUACUUACCAUCUUGUGCUCAAGGUUAACUGACAGACUGAACAGAAUACAGCUGAAAUAGUCGUUCUAAAGGCUGACCUGCAAGCAGUGAGCAGCAGCAUACCUUUUUUUGUGCUCUGGAUAAGUGUUUUACUGUUUGAAUAAUUUUGUAAGGGUCGUAAGGAAAAAUUUUAGCACAGUGUUAUACAUAACUGCAUGAAAGCAGAAAUCUAGGUUGUCUGUCUUUCUACCUGAUUUUGUCUUUUGAUUAGUGUGUGUUUGAAGUCUUGUUAUUUCUCUCAGUCUUCAGUGAAGAAUUUAAAGAGAGGCAUACCUGUGAUGAUAAAUUUGUAACAGGAUUUUUGAAUGAACCAGCUUGCUAAAGAAACAAACAAGCCAAAAAUUAGUUAUGUUGUCCUGUUGAUGCCUUUUAUUUCAAAAAUAGACAUGCUCUAUUUUGUUAAUUUUUAUGGUCUCUCCCUACCUGGUGAACUAUUAAUUUGAAGGAUUUGGGGACAAUUUGUGGACAAGUAGGCACAAGUUUUCUUUUGUGAGGGAAGAACAGAUGUCUGGUUUUUGCUUCCUUUCAGCCUGGCUUAUAUCAUUAUGACGCUUUCUUCACACCACUUCUGUUUUUAAAUAUACAUAUUUUAACAUAUACCAAUAAUUUUUUUUUUUUGGAAGUGCUACCUUUAAAAAUGGCUGUCUUGCCAUUUUUAAUGCUCCUUUGAGGUGAAGAUUCUGCAGCCUUUUUUUGUCUUCGCUGGGACCGGAACACAUAAACAGUUUUCGAUUUUUAUAUGUGGAACAGUUUACAGGUCAUGUUCUGAAUAGGAGCUUGACAGUUAUUUUUUGUCCGAAAUGCGCUCGAAGCAGAAAUUCUGUAGUCAUGGCUCACUGUUCCGUUCACGGGACAGGCUAAAGAGUUCACUUUGCUUGACUACUGCAUAAAGUUGGCCAAAGUUCAGUCCUGGGGAACAGGGAUCUAUGUAGCAAUGAAAGUGGUGACCGGUUUGCUUUGGUGUUUCAUUGAAGUGCUCCAAUAGGUGCGAGUCUAUAUAAAAAUUGCAAUAAUCAGAAACCUGCUAAGCUUUAUGUUUCUGGAAGCUGGAAAACAAAAUUAUUGACUUCAUGGUAAAGGACGUUGAGUUCCAAUUUGAUGCGAUAUGGUUGCACAUGGAACCCAGCUAAGCUAUUUGUUUGUUUCUGUGGCAAAAUAUAUAUAUUAUUUUUUGCCUUCAAGCAAUCUUGAAAUAGGAGGAAGCUACCUUUAGACAUAAUGGAAAAGUAAAACACCCACCAGUUUGCAAGAGGGUUUUAUCAGCAGACAGAAGCCCAAAUAAAAUGGAGAAAAUGUAAAAAAAAGAAGCCUUUUUAAAUAAGUAUUAAUGUUAGGCGACAAGGCAUUGUGAGCUACCAGAAUCUAUUGAGUCAAUAGGAAGAUGUUGCAGCAUUUGGCAUUUGGAUAACAAUAAUCUUACUCUGAUGUACUAGGCUCUGUGCUUUGUGUACCAUCCAGACAUAUAAAUAUUCCUGGGGCCCUAAACUCGUCGAACACAAAGUUGAAGCUGAAAGUUCGCGGAGAGCGCCUAUUAGACGUCGGCGACAAAAGCGCCGAGUCAUCGUCGUGGUAGUCCAAUCGGCGCGCUCCGUGAACUUCGGCCCCAACUUUGUGUUUGACGAGUUUAGAGCCCCUGAUCGAGAAAACCCCCUCACCAGAUAACCUUUUUCUUCAGGUUUCUGAAAUUGUUUACUCUUAAAACUGUAAUUAGUAUAUUUCAGCAAAACUGCUCGGCUGUAGUGGUAAAGGGCCCUAUCUUAACUGUGGGCAUUGAUUCGUCUUCCACCUUUUCAAUACUGAAAAUGCAUCAGAUCUACAUAUUUUAUCAAUUUAAAGUGUGGUCAUGUUUCCUUUUGGUUUUCGAGGGAAUGUACAUUAAACUUACCGCAGAAAUAAAAAAUCUGAAUGUUACCAAAGAAAAGAAAAAUACAUAUAAAAAAUUUUUGUUGCAUUCCUUCAGUUAUUACUGAAUUUUAGGAAUGAAGCUAGCAGUUCUUACAAAGGUGCCUUUAGAUGGUAAGAUAAAGGUACAUAGAAACAGACAGAAACGGCAACCAUUUUAUUCCAUAUGCCGCCGAGUCCGCCGUCUGGACUUCGAAGUGGCACUUGCAGUACUAGUGUUCAGUUCGAUGACGUAAAAUUUUUGUGUUUUAAGGUUGUACUAAUGACAGUAAAAUUAAGAACUGGAGUGCACACAGAAGCUCAUUGUUUCUUUUCUGCACCCUGUGGAAACGGUUUCCAUUAGGCUUUUCUUUGAUCAUUGUUAUAAUUGGGUGUGGACGCCUAUGAACUAUUUGCUUGUGUUUACUUACUGCGGCUCACUGUAGAAAUGCAACUUGUUCCGGUAACAAUGUUUGACUGGCUAGUUAAGCUAUUAGUGUUGGCCUUAUUAGCUAAAGUUCUACAUUUUAUCUUUAGGCCCGAGUGAAAUAUAUUUACCUAAUAUAUUUAAUAUAUUAAGCUGUGUGGCUUGGCUCUGAACCACUGCUUCAUUAUUUUGAAAUAGUUACACCAUUUUUCUUCCGUUAGGCACUGCAAGUGUCUAUCCGAGCGAAGCUUUGCUGCACUCAUACUUGUCUGCUUCGCUUAUGUUCAGAUUUGAAGGUGUCAUCUUAUUGUGAAUGUUUGUAUGCUCUCCCGAAUGUUGUGGGUGACGUUACAAUUGUUGUGGCCAGCAGCAAAUUUUGUUCUUCAUGAAAUUCAUGUGCUUAGUGUCCUGCGUAACAAACUUUCAAGUCUGCAAAAUGGAAAUUUGAUGCAGGCAUGGUUCAUGCAGGAUUUUCUUACGAACAGUUUUAAAUGAUUUGUAAACAACUUUAUAGCUAUGUUCAGUCAUGGCAAAGAUUAAGAAUACUUUGAAAAAGAGCUGAAAGCUAGCUAUAUAGCCAAGUGUUUAUAAAAGUAUGAUCAGAGAUUUUAUUAAAUUUUGUGAAGCUUUCUAGCAAAUUAUGUGGCUUGUGAUAACCCGUGGUUCUCUUGCAACAAGAGAGCCCAACGCUAAUUUCCGUAUUUCCUGACAUUUACUUUUAUAUUUGCUGAUAUACUUUUUGCAUCUUCAGGACAUGUUAAGUCGUUUUAACCACUUGACAUCGAAACCGUGCAAUGUACUGUGAAGACAGAAAUCAUUUUCGCGGACUAUAUAAGCACAUUUUAAAGGUUAAAAUAGAAUGUUAUUCAGAAAUAAUAUUUUGUUUUGUGGAUUUCGCUUUUCACAGUCCAGUAAAGAGAAGCAAAUAAUGAAAGGACUGCCAUGGAGUUUACUGUAUUAUCAAUCCUCACCCAAUGACAUGUGUCGGCUGGAAAUAAUUAGGCUGUUUAAAGCACAUGUUUUCUGUUCGUUCUCGAGUAAUAAAUGUAAGUGAUAUAUUAUACUGUCAAUGAAAUUAAAAGGGUAAGCUUUAGAGCGUAUGUUAUUGCAAAAUAUUUCGCAAUGCAUAAACUCGAAAUGGUUAAACUUGUGGUCGAGAGUAUCAGCUAGACCCCUGAUGCUGUUAGGGACGCAAAAUAUUCAUUUCGAUUCACGUGGAACUUUUUUUUUUUUUUUUUUUUUUAUAUAACUAGCGAGUUUUUUAGGUGUGGAAUGUGGAGGUCGAUGGACAGCCAGCCGGUUUUGUGCUGCGGUGCGUAUAGUAUCGAACUUGCAAUGUAUACAGUCAAACAUAUGUAAUAUGGCAUCUUUCGUUUGCCAAAUAAACUAUUUUCCACACUGA